AUGGGCGGUUUGGACAAGGGCGGUGGCAAGAAGAAGCCGCUGAAGCAAAAAGCAAAGGAGCGAGUAGAAGACGAUGACGACACCAAGGCCCACAAGGAGAAACUGAGACAAGCCGAGAAGGAGAGGAAGGAAAUGGCAGCCAAGGCAGGCGGCAAGGGUCCAUUGAAUACGGGAGCGCAGGGCAUCAAGAAGAGCGGCAAGAAAUGA